AUGGCAGAUGCAAUUAUUCUCUCCGACAUUGCUGUGGAAAUCAUUAAGAAGCUGGGCUCACUAGUUCUUCAAGAGACUAGGCUGUGGUGGGGUGUCAAAGAGGAGCUUGAGAAACUCAGGGGGACAGUUUCAACUAUCCAAGCUGUGCUUCUUGAUGCAGAGGAGCAGUAUUCGCAGAGUCAUCAAGUCAAAGUUUGGGUCGAUUCACUAAAAGAAGUAUUUUACGAUGCUGAAGACUUGUUAGAUGAGUUCUCCACAGAUGUUUUAUUGAAGAAGAUGAUGACUGGCAAUAAAAUGGUGAAGGAGGUAUGCUUCUUCUUUUCAAGCUCAAACCCAUUUGUUUAUGGUCUUAAAAUGGCUCAUAAGAUUGAAAAAGUUAGAAGUAAAUUCAAUGAGAUUGCUGCAAAUCAGAAAUUUUGCUUAGAUAAGCUACCUGAGAAGACAUUUCCUAUGCUUGAGGAAAGAGACCAAACUCACUCAUCUUUACCUCAAGUAGUUGUUGGCAGAGAAAAUGAUAAGAAGGUCAUUGUUGAAUUUCUUUUGUCUAAUUCUAAUUGUGGAGAGAAUGUGUCCAUUUUUUCCAUUGUUGGUAGUGGAGGCUUAGGAAAGACAACACUUGCUAAACUUGCAUAUAAUGAUGAGAUGGUGAAAUCAAAUUUUGAGCUUAAAAUGUGGGUGUGCAUUUCUGAUAAGUUUGAUGUCAAAAUAAUUGUUGAAAAGAUUUUGGAAUCUCUUGAUCGUGAGAAACCUAAAAAUCUUGAAAUGAAUACCUUGAAAGAUCUUCUUCUUGAAAAAAUUAAUGACAAAAAAUAUUUACUUGUUUUGGAUGAUUUAUGGAAUGAGGAUUCCGAAAAAUGGUUUAAGUUGAAGGAUUUGUUAGUUGGAGGUGCAAGUGGAAGCAAAAUUAUAGUAACCACACGUCUUGGAAAUGUUGCGGAAAUGAUAAGAUCAGAAAAAACACACAAAUUAAAAGGCCUACUUACUAAUGAUUCAUGGUCCUUACUUGCAAAUGUGGCCUUUAAACCAGGGCAAGUGAUGAGUCUAGAACAUGAGAAAGUUGGAAAAGAAAUUGUGGUAAAGUGUGAUGGAGUCCCUUUAGCCAUAAUUGUAAUAGGACGUGUAUUGUAUUUUAAAAAAACAGUAGAUGAGUGGCAACUUUUCAAAGAAAAAGAACUUCCAAAUUUAAAUGAAAAGGGGAAUAGUAUUAUGGAAACUCUUAAGCUGAGUUAUAAUCAUCUACCUUCUCAUUUAAAGCGUUGUUUUGCUUAUUAUUGUUUGCAUCCGAAAUAUUAUAGAAUUCAUGUAAGACAUUUGGUGGGUCUUUGGAUAGCACAAGGAUUUAUUAAAUCUUCGGAUUCAAAACAAAGUCUUGGAGAUAUAGGCUUAACAUAUUUCAGGGAUCUUGUAUGGAGGUUUUUCUUUGAAAAAGUAGAAGAAGAUACAUCGGGUAAUGUAACAUAUUGUACAAUGCAUGAUUUGAUGUAUGAUCUUGCUAAGCUAGUAGCAAGAGAGGAAAACAAUUUACUAAAUUCAGAUGCAGAGCAUGCUCAAGAAGGAAUUCGACAUUUGUCUAUUGAUUUUCAAAUUGAGUCAUGGCAAAAAGUUGCAAGUUGCUCACCUAAUAUGAAAAAGUUGCGAACGUUUAUAUCAUGGCCAAAAAAGCAAGAUAAAGAAGUAGAAUGCCAUGAAAUUUUGUCCAAGUUAAGUUGCGUAAGGGUAUUGAUUUUGCGUGGUAUGGGAUUUGAGAGAGUGCCAAGUUGCAUUGACAAAUUGAAACUUAUAAGGUUUCUUGAUCUUUCUCUUAAUAAAGGCAUUGAGAUCCUUCCAGAUUCCAUUAUUAAUCUCCAAAACCUGCAAACUCUGUACCUACAUAAUUGUGAAAAGCUUAAGCAGUUGCCUAAGCAUAUGGAAAGGUUGGUCAAUCUUAGGGAUCUUGAAAUUUGGGGAUGUAUUGGUUUGACACAUAUGCCCCGUGGGCUUGGUCAAGUGACUUCCCUUGAGAUUUUGACAACAUUCAUACUGGCCAAAGACAAUGGAGUCUCCAAGCGUAGUGGUGGACUCGGUGAAUUAUGUUACUUGAAUAAUUUGAGAGAAGAUCUAGAGAUUUUGAAUCUUCAGUAUGUGAAAAAUCCAGCGUCUGAAUUUGAGGCCGCCAAUUUGAAAGAGAAGCAAUACCUUCAAUCCUUGACAUUAUCAUGGAAAUUGGGCGAUCCCUACCAUAAUAAUAGUGAUAGUGGUCCAGAUGAUGUUGAAAAUGACGAAGAAAUGUCGUUAGAAGAGCUGCGGCCACACCUUAAUCUAAAAUGGUUGAUUGUGUUUGGGUGCGGAAGACUCUUGUUUCCAAGCUGGAUUUCUUCCCUCACUAAUUUGGCAACACUUCAGAUUGAUGACUGCAAAAAAUGCCAGUAUUUUCCACCGUUGGAACAAUUCCCUUCACUUAAACGUUUGAUGAUUGUGAAUUUUACUGAUCUGGAGUACAUGGAGAGUGGGAUUAAUUUCGACAAUGCAUUAUUCUUCCCUUCCUUAGAGGAUCUCUCCCUCAAAAAUUGCCCAAAUCUGAAGGGAUGGAGGAGGGUUACAGCCAUGCCUCAGUUGCUACAAUUUCACUGUCUUGAUUAUUUGGAGAUCAGGUCUUGCCCUAACCUCACUUCAAUGCCUCUUAUUCCAUCUAUCCGAAAAAUGGUAUUGAAAAAUACCAGCAAGAAGUCAUUGGAGGAUAUACUGAAGAUGAAGAUUUCAGUGUCACAGUCAACCUCUUCUUCGAUUUCCCUUUCUCAAUUGCAAAUUCUGACAAUAGAGAACAUUGAGGAUCUAGAAUUUCUGCCAGAGGAGUUGUGGCAUCUACCCUCCCUUGAGCUUCUUGCCAUCGAGGCUUGUGAGAAGCUCGAUUUAUCUGAUGAUAUGCAGUGGCAGUACCUUAGAAGCCUCCGGGAGCUUCAAUUAAUAAAUAUGAACAAAUUGGCAUCACUCCCAAAGGGACUUCAACAUGUUCCCUCUUUGCACAAACUCUCAAUUGAAAGUUGUCGUCAUUUGGAAUCUUUACCGGAGUGGAUGGAAAGCCUAACUGCAUUACAAUCUUUCUGUAUUGAAGAAUGCCCUCAACUGUCAGAAAGAUGCAAAAACAACAUGAGUACUGAUUGGCCCAAGAUUUCUCACAUCCCAAAUAUUAGUAUUGAUGGAAGAUGGAUUCAAGAAGAUGGCUGCUACAAAUUAUGAUCAGAAGAAUCAGACUGGGGUUGACAAAUAUCUUGCAAUAUUUUCUCUUAAAUCUCAAAACUUUUGUUCAUAGAUGUUGAACAAUUGGUUUGUAACCAUGACAAUAUCCAGUAAUUUCAUUACCUUAAUUUCUGUUGCAAGAAUUUACUUCUGGCUCGUUAUAAUUUUUUCCUCUCUUUUUCCUCCAGUUAGGAUGUACUGCUACUGCUUCUUAACUUUAGGAUGGGGAUUCAUGGAGUAGCUUCAUUUAUGGAAUUGUGAUGAAGGAGGGCAUUGUCAUUGAUCAACUUCUUCUACGAGUUCUUACUUCUCUUCACAUUCCUUUUGAUGGGAAUCAUUGUGAUGAAGGUCGCUGUCAUCUAUCAACUUCUUUUCACCUCAUUCCUUUGUAAGUUAAAUCAACAACACAUUUGUACUGCUAAAUACAGAGGUGGAAAGGCAUUGGUUCUGAAAG